AGUUUUUGGCAACGUUAGUCAUUCUUUUUGAGAAUGGCUCGCCGUGGUUCCGGCGAAUUUUGUUUGUGUAUUUAACAUAGUGUCAUAUAAUUAUGUAACAUAAAUUUGAUUGUAAACUACUGAUCGUUUUUGUUACUGAAUAAACUUAAUCUAAAUUGAAGAUCAUAAACAUACAUUCUGUAAAAUGGCUGACGCUGGAUUCUUUCGAGGAACCAGUGCUGAUCAGGAUAACAGAUUUAGUGAUAAGCAGAAGAAGCUUUUAAAACAACUCAAAUUCAAUGAAAUCUUAAAUCGUAAGAUUGAUAUGAAUAAAAUCAACCUGGAUGUUGUUAAACCGUGGAUUGCCAAAAGAAUUACUGAUAUGCUUGGUGGCAUUGAAGAUGAUGUAGUUGUAGAGUUUGUUUUUAAUCAGUUGGAAGCAGAAAAGUUUCCUGAUGCUCGCAUGAUGCAAAUUAAUUUAACUGGAUUUUUGAAUGGCAAAAAUGCAAGAGAAUUCAUGGCUGAGCUGUGGACUUUAUUGAUUAGCGCAGAAGAGAGUACUGAUGGCAUACCUGCUGCGAUUCUCGAGCAAAAGAAGGAUGAAAUUAAAAAAAGAAUGGAAGAACAUGAUAGGCUAUCAUCCAGUCAAAAGAAGUAUGAUGAUAAGUCCAAAAAGCGUAGAUCUCGCCAUAGUUCUUCUUCAUCUUCCUCCUCAUCUUCCGAUCAUGGCAGGAGAAAAAAGAAAUCCGAAAAGUCUGAGGAAUCAUCAAAAAAGACUGCCAGCCUUGAUAAAGAAAACAUUUCUAAAAGUCGGAGAAGGUCUAAAUCACCUUCACCCUCUCGUCACUCUAAGAAAAAAGAAAGGUCUCGUUCCCGUUCAGCUCAGAGAAGUCGAUCAGGAGAGAAAGAUAAAUCUCCUGCUCAUUAUUCUCCUCCUCAUAAAAGUAGAUCACCACGUCAGGCUUUAUCCCCAGUUGAUGAUAACAAGAAAUCAUCUCCUGAUAGAAAAAGCAAGUCUAAGAGUAAGUCGUUAUCUCCAACUCAGGGGAAAUCCCGCAGCAAGUCUCCUUCUCCAGCUCGAAGGAAAUCUCCUCGUAGGAGUAAGUCUCCUGUAAAGGACAGAAGAUCCCCCAGAAAAAGAAGUUCGCCUCGAAGGAGCCGUUCACCUCUCCCUUCAAAGUCUUGGCAAGGUAGAAGCCCACGACGAAGUCGUUCACCAGUUAGGAAACGUCCGUCUCCUCGUCGCUCCCCAGUGAAUCGUCGCCAUAACUCGAGGUACAGUAGAUCACCAGGAAGGAGAAGUCAUUCCCCACACAAACGUCGAAAGACACCCCCGAGGAGAAGUCGUUCGCCUCCACCUCGUAGCAGACCAAUGAGGCGUAGUCGCUCACGUACUAGGUCCCCCGUACGACGCCGAACACCAUCUCCUCCAAGACGCAGUCUUCCUAGAAAGCAUCCACGUGCAAAGUCACCUAGCAGAAGCUCUUCUCCAACUCCCCAUUCUUCUUUACCAAGAAAACCUAAUAGGAAAAUGCGGGCAACGUCUGAAUCAUCAUCUGCUUCUUCCGGUUCUUCUGGUUCAGCUUCACCUCAGCCUCCUAAAAAAUCAAAGAAAAGGGCAUCAGUGGAUCCUGAGCAUUCAGAUGUCAUGAAAAAAAUGGAAAAAGACGCUUUUGAUAUCAAUCCUAAAAAAGAUUCAAUACAAAAAACUAGACAUUACCGUUCACAUGGCAGAGAAUCUGAUUCUAGUUCAGAAGAAGAGUCGCCAGUUAGGAGGCCUUUGCAAGGCAAAUCAAAAAUGUCCAAAAAAGGUGCUGCUAGAAGUUCAUCUUCCUCCUCUUCUGGGUCUUCAGGAUCUCAUUCUGCAUCUCCUUCACCUAGAAAAGGAAGACCUAGUCCUUAUGAUCGCAGAGGUAGUAUUUCUCCUAGAAGACGCAAUGCUCGUGGUACUCCUCAAUUUAGAAACCGCAGAUCACCAACUGAUGAUAGAAUGCGCAGAAGAUCCUUUUCUCAAGAGCGCCGUUCACCUAUGCGAGAUAGGGGGCGCUAUGACCGAGAUAGAAACUUUCGUAUGGGAAGGGAACGUGACAGAGACUGGUAUAAUCGUGACAGAAACUUUAAUGACAACCGAAACUACAGAGAACCGGAUCGCAGAGAAAUGGAUCGUCGAAGAAUGUCUCCUAUGGACAGGCGUCCUCCAGUUGACCGUAGAAGACACACCCCUGAUGACAGACGCCGUUUUUAUGAACAAGAACAACGCCGGAGAUCACCUAAUCAAAGGCAAUCAUUUGGCAGGCGACCUAGCCCUCGAAACAGACCGAGAUCAGUAUCUCCACCUCCUGAAGAGAUGCGAAGUGUUGAAAGAAAACGUGGCCGAUCCCCUAGUGAAAUGCAAGGGCGUUCUGUAGAUAGGCGAGGACGUUCCCCUAGUGACAUGCCUGUCAGAUCUGGUGAUAGACGUAGAUCUCCUAGUGAAAGACAGCGUCGGACACCUAUGGAAGUGCCUCUUAGAGCAGCAGAUAGACGUCAUAGGUCUCCUAGUGAAACUAUGGAUAAAAGAGGUGGUUCUCCAAUAGAGGUUCGUCGACGCUCUCCUAGUGAAACUUAUCAAAGAAAGAGACAUUUUUCUCCUGCUCCAGAACAAAUACCUUCACAUUCCCCACCAGUUUCUCCCGUUCGUCAGGUUCGACAAGUGAAGAAAAAACGCAAGGUGUCUAGAGAUUCUAGUUCAUCAUCUAGAGGAUCUCCACCUGCUCAGAGAAUGAAGGUAAAGAAUAUAAUAUUUGAAAGAAUAUUUUCUUUAAUCAUUUUAUUUUUUUACAUUUGGAUUGAAAUAAAUCUUUAUUCUAAGGGUUCUCUUACUAUCUUUAUCAGAGAACUCCCUAAGAAAAAAAAAAGGAUGCUUUUUUAAAAACAAAGGCACCUU